AUGGCUGAAAAGAAACCAGUUCCUUCAACCGAGGUAUGUUUUAUAAUGCUAAGUUAGUUGAAAACAAAUUUUGGUUUCACAUUACAGUAUUUUAUAUUUUAGAUUCGCUCACUGAUUCAGGAGAGACCUUCUGAAACUGACGGAUUUUACUUCCAACAGACCAUGUAUCGUAUUAAAGAUCCGCGUAAAAGUGUUCCGUUUUAUACAAAUGUGCUUGGAAUGAGGUAUGGUAUAGUGUAUACCACAAUUGUAUCGAAAUUUUUAUACUAAUCUUUGUUUUAUAGUUUGUUAAAACAAAUGGACUUCGAAGGGGCUGAAUUCAGCUUGUUUUUCUUGGGUUAUAAAGAUCCCAAAGAUAUUCCAUCUGAUGUUGAUGAAGCAAAAAAGUUUGCUUUAACUACUCAUUCUACUAUUGAACUAACUCAGUAAGCUUUUUAAUUUAAUAUUUACUAUUCACGAAAACGAUACUUUAUUGUUAAUUUAAAGAACAUAUUAUAAUUUCCUAGACAUGGGUCAGGCCUGAAAAUUAGUGGGAAAAAUGUCUAUAAUUGCCUUUAGGCAGGGCCGGCGCUACUGUUUUUAGCUACCUGUGGACCAAUUUUUUAAAAGCGGCGACUUUGCUAUUAGGCUUAUUUCUCCCUGGUUAGCUCAGAAGCACGGACGUCGCUACGGAUUUUCUCUGGGGGAGGGGAGGUCGAAAAAAAAAUUUUCGUCCACAGGUAGGGACCUGUGGACCGAUUUUUCAAAUUUUGGUACCUAGCAAUUUUUUUCGGAUCGGCUCUGGGAGAGGGGUACCCCCCCCCCUCCCCCUUCCCCAAACGACGUCCCUGCUCAGAAGAUAUUUUGCGUUAUUAUAGUUUUUACAUAGUUAUAUUUUACAAUUCAGCAAUUGGGGCACUGAAAACGAUCCAAACUUCACGCACCACAAUGGAAACAAAGAUCCUAAAGGUUAUGGUAUGUUUUGAGAAUGUUAUUUCAAUUUUUAUUUAAUACUUUAGGCCAUAUCGGAAUUGUUGUUCCGGACGUUUACAAAGCUUGUGAACGAUUUGAAAAACUUGGAGUUUCUUUCAUCAAGAAGCCCGACGAGGGACGCAUGAAAGGAUUGGCUUUCAUUCAGGAUCCAGAUGGUUACUGGAUUGAGAUUUUCAAUCCUCUCAAUGUUUAA